UCUCUUUUUCCUUGUUUAGUAAUGUUUUCUGUCACCUGUCGCAACAUGUUUUUACGUUAUUUUUUCUCUUUAUAACUAAUAUUUUUUUAAGGAAAAAAUUAUAUAUAAUUUAUAUAUUACCACUGCAGAUUAUUUUUUUUUUGUACUAGUAUUAAUACUUAUUUCAAAGAUUAUUUAACUUAUGGAAUAAGAAGUUUGUAAUCUGUGUUUUGUUGAAUUUAUUUUAAAAGAAUUAUUUGUACGACUUUAUUGUUUGUUAGAGUGGUAUAGUGACGUAUGAAAAGUUUUCUUAUGCUUUAAAAUGAAGGCAUCGCAUUUGUUUCAUGCAAUUGUUAUGAGCUAUUUACUUUGUGCUAACUGUACUGAAAUUGAUUUAAGUCUUUCGGAAAAGUUUAAAGAAGGAGAGAACCAUUACAACAAUUUAGUUGGUAAAGUAGCGCCUUACGGUGAAUGCUGGAAAGCAGCAUUACAAGAACUACAUUUGGGGUAUUGUUUGAUAAAAUGUCCGAAAGAAGUCUUUCCUACGUACAGAGAAUUUUUCACUCAUACUCAAAGUAUUUGUCAUUACUUGCAGCAUAGGGAAUGGCAAGAACAGACUGAGAAAACUGUGAUAUUAUUAACAGAAAGUGCUGAUAGUGUUAGCAAGAAGUUAGAUGCAUCAAGUGAGUCCCAAUCAAAGAUAAUUAAUUUACAGCAAAUUUCUUUGCAAGAACAGCAAAAGCUAAUUACAAAUGGUAAAACUUUAAGUUCUGAACUUCAAAUAUCUAGAAGUCAUGCUAGAGAACUUUUUGAAGAUUUUAAGUCAACAACUAAGGAACAUCGUCAUCUGAUUUUCGAAAUAUUUGAUCGUAUAAAAGCCUUACAAAGUUUUGUUUUAGGAGAAUUUACUAACGUAUUUACAAUUGCAUAUUAUAUUGUUGGAAUAAUUAUGAUUUAUAUUUUAACAUCUGUUCAUCGUACAGCAAACGCUAGAAUUUGGUUGUUGAUUAUUUUAUCAGCAAAUGCAGUGUUUGAAAAGAUAUUAGCUUCUUAUUCUUUAGAUGAAGAAUUAACCAAAUUAUUGCCUUUAGAUGUAAAUGGCCCUGUGUUUGUUAAAAUUUGGGUUUGCAGAAAGAUCACAUCUGUUAUUGCACUUGGUGUUUUGCUGUAUUUUUAUUAUACUUUUGAAGACUAUAAUAUGAUAAAUAAUAAAUUAUUGAAAGAGAUUCAACAACAAAAUGCAGAUAUACAAGUGCUUCUUCAAA